GCGGGGGGGGGGGAGCGGGGCGGCUGUAGCUGCAUGAGACAGGGAGUGAAUUGGGGGGGGUCAGUCUCAGCCCCAGACAAAGCGGGGGGGGUUGCCUCCCUCCCUCCGCUAGCACGUUUCCCUCGCUCGCUGCAUCCCGCCUCCCGCGGGGGGGGGCGGGGGGGAGCUUGUCUGCAGCCGCCGCGCCCGGGUCCCCCCCAGCAUCUUGUGCAGCGCGACAGGGUCCCCCAAUGUCGGACGACGCGGAAAAGAAGGAUGAGUCGCCCCCCACGGGGCCAACAGAGCUGCAGCCACUGGUGCCCCAGAGUCCCCCUUCAGCCCCACUGGCCCCCCAGAGUCCUCCCCAGAGUCCCCUCCUGCCCCCACAGAGUCCCCCCUCGGCCCCAGACACCUCCCCAUCAGCCCCAGAUGUCCCCCCCUCGGCCCCAGAUGCCCCCCCCUCAACAGCAGUAACUGUGAUGGUGGAGGAUGAGGGGGAGCCAGAGGAGGGGCCCCAACAAAAUGGACAGGCUGUGGGUGUGGGGGGUACCUCCUACCCCCCCCAUGCCUCCCCCCCUGCCCCAGGCCCCUCCGGUGCCGUCAGGCCCCGCCCGCCCACUCCGACCCCUGCUCGCUCCAAAUCAGCCUCCCUGGGCGAUCUGGGGGGCAAGGCCAGCACGAGCGGGGGGCCACGGGGGUGGGGCAGCCUGGUGGGGUCCCAGGUGCAUCUGGCAGGGGCAGGGUCACCCCGCCCCAGCCUGAGCCGCCAGCCCUCCGGGACCGAGGGGGGCCCGGAGGCGGAAAAGCCGAGGGAUUAUAUCCUGCUGGCCACCCUCUCCUGCUUCUGCCCCAUCUGGCCCAUCAACAUCGUCGCCUUCGUGUACUCCGUCAUGUCCCGGAACAGCCUGCAGCAGGGGGACCUGGACGGGGCGCGGCGGCUGGGCCGCGUGGCCAAACUGCUGAGCGUGGUGGCCCUCCUCGGGGGCAUCGUCAUCAUCAUCCUCUCGGUCGCCAUCAACUUCGGCCUGUUUCAGUGAAGACGACUCCGUGCUGUCCCCAGUCCUCCAACCCGGGAGCCCCCACCCAGCACUGCUCUAAUGGGGACCAAACAGCCAACCCUCCAGGGGGGCCGAGGGGGCGGAGAGGGGGAUUACGGCCGCCGACAGAGGGGUGCGGCCUCCAAUCCCCCUUCCACCUCGGGGACAGCGCCAGAAAAGAAGACCAGGAGAGAAUGGAGGAAGAAACCCCCCUCCAUCUGUCCACCUGCAUGCCUCCAUCCAGCCAUCCUACUGUCCAUCCAUCCAUCCCGUCUGUCCAUCCAGCCGUCCCACCAUCUGUCCAUCCAUCCAU